UGCCCAGCGCGAGUACGCGGGGGAGGGGACGAAGCACCGCGGGCCGCGCGGGUCGCACCCCGCCCGGCUAGGCGGGUUUGCGGGACACGGCUGCAGCCUCCCAAGGAACCCGAUGGCCUGGGAAGGCCUGGCGGGGGAGCUGGCGGCGGUGCUGGAAGGCCGGGGGCUAUGCGUGCAGAGCUGUGACUCGGAGCCGACCGGGGAGCCGCCGGCGCCGGUGCGGCUGCGGAGGAACGUCUGCUACGUGGUGCUGGCCGUGUGCCUCAACGAGCAGGAUGAGGUGCUGCUAAUCCAGGAGGCCAAGAGAGAGUGCCAUGGGUCAUGGUACCUACCCGCGGGGAGAAUGGAGCCCGGAGAGACCAUUGUGGAGGCACUGCAGCGGGAGGUGAAGGAGGAGGCUGGGCUGCAUUGUGAGCCUCUGACUUUGCUGUCUGUGGAGGAGCGGGGCCCCUCCUGGAUCCGUUUCGUGUUCCUCGCUCGCCCCACAGGUGGAGUUCUCAAGACUUCCAAGGAGGCAGAUGCGGAAUCCCUGCAGGCUGGCUGGUACCCACGAACCUCCUUGCCCACUCCUCUGAGGGCCCAUGACAUUCUGCACUUGAUGGAGCUGGCUGCCCAGUACUGCAAGCAGGCCAGGCAUCCUCUUGUUUUGCCCCAAGAGCUUCCCUGCCGUCUGGUCUGCCAGCGGCUCGUGGCCACCUUUACCAGUGUCCAAACAGUGUGGGUGUUGGUGGGCACGGUGGGGAUGCCUCACUUGCCCAUCACUGCCUGUGGCUUUAACCCCAUGGAGCAGAGGGGUGGCAUCAAGAUGGCUGUCCUGCGGCUGCUACAGGAAUGUCUGACCUUGCACCACUUGGCAGUGGAGACCAAGGGGGUGCUUGGACUACAGCACCUGGGCAAAGACCAUACCGAUGGCAUCUGCCUGAAUGUGCUGGUGACAGUGGCUUUUCGAAACCCAGGUAUCCAAAAUGAGCCCCCAAAGGUUCGGGGUGAGAGCUUCUUUUGGUGGAAGGUGAUGGAGGAAGACCUACAAAGCCAGCUCUUACAGAGGCUUCAGGAGUCAUCUGUUGUCCCGGUCAACAGAUAGGAAGGUGCCAUCGGUGCAAGGAGUUGGGAAUCUGUGCUCCCUCCACCAUGGUGGCUUUGCCACCCUCUGAGGGAGGCAGGUUAGCGAUCAGGGAUCCUGUUGCACUAGCAGCAGGGCAGUUCUCCUGCUCAUGAGGACUUCAUCUCUUCACCGUGGAGCAGGUCCCUACAUUGCACCAAAAGGGACAGUGCCUUUAACCGAGCAAGGAGUCCAGAGCUCAAGGCAGUGCUUCCUAAGGGGAUAUUAGAGCUUUCUGGACCAAAGACAGCAUCUUCUCAUCAUUUUCCAUGCCCCCCCACCUU